AUGAUUUUGAGGUGGGAUCACAAUAACGCGCACUUGUUACUCGUUUUAAGUCAUCCGUCGGCCGUCGUCCUAGAGGAGACCCAGAUGAGAAGGGUCUGUUCUCUACCUUCCCAGCCUUCCAUGUCGGUGGUUCUACAUUUUUUCUUCCUGUAUCUUCUCUCUACUGUCCAACCAGAUGAUCUUGAAAUCCUAAUGAAAUUGAAGGCUGCGUUUCAGAAAUCCAAUACCAUUGUUUUCGAUUCAUGGACAGCACACAAUCAACCUUACAAUUUCACCAGGGUUUCCUGUAAUUCAGAUUGUUCGGUAACAAGUAUUGAACUGGGUAAUAGAAAUCUGGUCGGUGUUAUCCCCUUAGAUUCCCUCUGCCAGCUUCCAUACCUACAGAAACUGGGUCUCGGAUCGAAUUUCAUUUACGGUACCAUCAUAGAUGUUUUGAGGAAAUGCAGUAAGUUGAGGUACUUAGAUCUUGGGUUUAAUUCCUUCUCGGCGACAAUCUCUUCGAUAAGGCUCCAUUCCCGUGGAGGUUUUGAAGCUGGAGAAGUUGUUCUAGCUCUUGAGCUCUAUCAUAAUCAACUAACAGGAAAAAUCCCACCUGGAUUUGGGAAUCUUACUGGUCUCACUUACUUCGACGCCUCCAUUAAUUUGCUUGAAGGAGAUCUAACGGAGCUGAGAUUCUUGACGCGGCUCGUGUGUCUGCAACUCUACGGGAAUCAAUUCUCAGGUGGGGUCCCAGAGGAAUUCGGUGACUUAAGGAACCUUGUGAAACUCACGCUCAGCAUGAAUCAGCUCAGGGGUUAUUGGCAGACUUCAACUUCAUCGAUGUAUCUUAUAACUACUUGA